AUGGGAUCAUCGGAAUCUACUCUUUCAAAUUCACAAUUACAGGCAACUCCAAUAUCGACAUCUGCAUCAACAGAGAGCAGCUUGACAGAAAUUUUAGUCAGGAAGCCAUCAUCUUCUUCUGAUUCAGAUCGGAAAGUGCUACUGGAAUUAUUCUCAAUGUAUCAAGAAUGGAAAGAAAAACAGGCUCAAAACAUCAACAAAGACAGGAAGAAAUAG